AUGCGGGACCCGAUGUACUUCGAGAACUACGGCAAUCCUCUGGACUUCGAGGUGACCAACAAGGGCGAAAAGGUGCUAGUGCCGAACUACCUGGUCAACUUGCUCGGCGGCAUCGUUGUGCUGGCCACGUGUGCCAUCGUCGCCAGCGUAGGUGUCGCCUCGUUUGGCGGCGUCAGGGGCCGCCGCGCGGGGAUUUCCGAGGCGCCCACCGCCGCGUUUUUGCCGGACGCCGACGAGCCGCUUGACCCUUGGACGGCCGACGAGUGGCGAAGGCUCAUCCCCAGCCCUAGGCCCAUCCUGUGCUUCCUCAACCGGGAGGGAUUCCUCAGGCCACCUCCGGACACGCUGAUCCUGCGCAACUUCCCCGGCUUCUACUGCAACGAGAUCGUGUACAACGGCCUGACCUUCGAAAACGGCACGCUUCGCCUGCUGGCCGACGCCACGGACGACGCCAUACUUCGCCAGAUUAUCCGCGUCCGCGACGCCCUCUAUCCUCACUGGAAGGUCGUCGCCAACGUGUUCGUUGAAGGCUACGCGGCGAAGAAAAUGCCAGGCGACGGCACCGAGUUGCUCGACUCGCUGUUCGCUUGGCUUGAGCAGCGCGGCAUCGACGGCCUCAACUUCGAGUUCGACGACGAUGCCUUCCUGGGGGACCUCGACGCCGCCGGCGAAGUCGUGGCCUUCUUCGCCUGGGCAAAGGCAGACCGCCGCUGGGCCAACCUCACCCUGUCCGCCAUGAUGCCGUACGGGGUGACGGUGCUCUUGCACGAGGAGCUGUUGCUCACCCUGGACCGGAUCCUCUUGAAGACCCACGGCCUCUUGGACGAGUCCUCGGGCACGACGCAGCUGGUCGCUCCGCUGGACUACGCCGGCUUGACGCACCGUCGCUCCAACCACCACACGGUCAUGGGUAUCUUGGAAGAACUGGAGGACACCCUCGGGAAGAAGACGUGCUUCACAAUCUCCCUCUCAGGAACGGCCUUCACGCUAAGGUCACCGUCGCAGCGUGACGUAGGCGAUCCCGUGAUUCCAGGACGGCCCGGGAAGGCCUCUUUCUCCGACGUGUGCGCCAAUGCACCCGGUCGUUUCAAGAGGAUCGAAGACGACGCCGCGUACACGGCCGAGAACUACUCGUGGGUCGCGCACGAAGACCAGUUCACGGUCUUCGAGAAGACAGCCAAGGUGCUCAGGCACUGGCAUCUGCUCUGCGUGGCAGCGGUCGACGUCGACCUCGACGACGUCCGGGGUCAGUGUGGGCGCACGUACCCGCUGCUCCGACGCAUCUACGAGACGUCGUACAUGCUGAACUAUUCGCCAGAGUAAUGCCCUGCCUCCCCUGUGCGAGGUU